AUGGCGGCGCACCGGAGAGAAGUGUUCUUUGCCACGGUGAAGAAUAUCCAUGGCCGUGAGGUGCGCUUAAAUGUCCUAACGAUGAUCCUGCUGCGCACCGUGAUAAUAGGAUCUCUGCCACGUCUCGGGCCAGCAUAUAAACUCUCCCUGCAACGCAUCGCUGAGCUCUAUCCGCAACUAAAGGUCCAACAAAGUAUGCUGGUGGAUGACAGUCCCCGUGAUUGCUGGGAUAUGGCUGCCAACUCUGUCCGGUGGUGUGAUGAUUUUCCGGAAGUGUAUCCUAUGACCAAUGAGCUGGAUCUACUAACGAUUACAAGUGUUCGCGGUAUGGACAAGUUUGCGAGCCUAGCCAGCAGCAAGGGACCGACCUGGGUCACAUUAUCCAGCCAGCCCACGCCCGCUUACAUUCGUUUUUAUGUACAGCUGACAAACAUGUUUUCUUGGCGGUCAUUAGUUCUGGUCUUAGACAUAAGUUUCAACGGGUUCUUCAACGAGUUCUGGAAUAAGCUAUCCAUAGAGUUUACCAUGAACAAGGACGGCUAUCAAAUUCAUGCAGAAACGAUCGAUUCCAAAGCUGGACCUAUUAACUACACAGAGCUCCUCACUCGUUUCAACGCAGUGUCACGUGUGUACUUCUACUUUGGCCCUACGUUGGAAUUUCGGAAAAUGAUGAUCAAGGCCUGGGAACUCAACAUGACCAAUGGCGAACAUGUGUACAUUAUUCUGUCGACUUUAAGACCCACAAAUAAGCCAGCGUCAGGCUACCUUACUUGGGAAAACCGCGAUCAGUUUGACAGUGUCGCUAAACUUGCGUACCGAUCGGUGCUCAUUAUGGAGCCAGAUGACUCAAUGUAUGGCAGAACGGGAACAGACACCGAGCAUCAGUUUUAUGAUUAUAUGCGGAAUCACUCUCGAAUGGAUUACAACUACACGUACGGACCUUUCGAAACGUUCUCACCGCACAUUUCCGCUACGUACAAUUCAAUGCUCAUGCUGGCUGAGGUGAUAGAAGAACUGCGCUUAUCUGGUUCCGAAAAUGUCUGGCAGUCUGGGCGACAAUUGGCUAAACUAUUUACGAACCGGACCUUUGCAACUGACCUGGGCGAAAUAUAUAUGGACCCAACUGGACAGCGCCAAAUUAUAAUUAAUGUAAACCAGUUGGAUUGGAACACAUCUCGAAUUCGAACUGUGUUCGCUCAAAGACCAGGCAGUGCGAAGGUGGAAAUUGUUCGAAAAAUACAAUGGCCCGGCGUUUGGCCACCUCCCGACGAACCGAAAUGUGGAUUCCGAGGGGACGCUCAUGAUUGUCGUCCACAUGACAGCAUGGUCACGAUUGCUGUUUCUAUCACAGUCACGCUUGUGGCGGCUACUGUUGCAGCUAUCUGUACAAGCUAUGUCAGAUAUGGAAAUUUGCUUCUGCGUUUGUGUUGGGAAAUCCCAUCCGAUCAGCUACAACCGGUACACGAAAUUUUUAUAGUUUUAUUGAAAGCUGAAGUGUAA